AUGAUUCCACUGCUUCAAACUUCACUUGUCCUGGCGUUGGCAGCGUGCGCUGUUCGGGCUGCUACCAUUGACGAAGCAACCUCUGCUUGCUCAAGCAUUCCCAAACCUCACGUUGAAGGCGCAAGAGUGGUUUCAAUUGCUAGCAGACUCAUUUCUAAUGGCACGGUCCUGUCUUCCUCGCCUACACUCAACUACGACGUUUACAACAUCAACGUGUGCGAAGUCAACGUGACACUGUCGCAUCCCGAGGCCAAAGACUCUGUGCUUGUGCAGACGUGGCUACCUGUCAAAAAUUGGAACAACCGAUUUGCAGCAAUCGGUGGAGGUGCUUGGCUUGCCGGACAAGGAGCUAUUGACCUGGCUGUGCCAGCAACCCAAGGUUAUGCUGUUUCUUCGACGGACGCUGGCCUUACUAAUGCAAAUCCAGGGACGCCAGCUGGAUGGGCUCUGACACUGGACGGCUCCGUCAACAUUCCUCUCCUUACCAACUUUGCUUCUCAAUCCAUUCAUGAUAUGGCUGUUGUUGGCAAGGCUGUUACGUCUUCAUUUUAUGGCCGGCAGCCGAAGCACUCCUACUGGAAUGGCUGCUCAACCGGGGGAAGGCAAGGGCUUGUCGCUGCCCAACAAUACCCUUACGACUUUGACGGUAUCUCAGCUGGUGCUCCCGCAGCAUACUGGACUCAGUAUGUUGUUGCGGAGUUGUGGCCGCAGGUAGUAAUGAGAGAAGCAAACUACUAUCCGCUACCUUGCGAAUUUCGCACGAUUGUGGCAAGAGCCGUUGAGGCAUGUGACACAAAAGACCGCGUCAAAGACAGCGUGAUAACGGAUCCAUUUUCGUGCACAUUUGACCCAUUUUCCCUCGUUGGCACUCAGUUUCAGUGUGACGACGGUGUGAACCUUACCGUCACGGCCAAAACCGCCGCCAUUGUUCGCAAAAUAUGGGAUGGACCGAAGAGUUCCAAAGGAGUCAGCCUAUGGUCCGGAAUGCCAAUUGGCUCGAGGCUCGACAUCGUAGCUGGCACGCAACCAGUCAACGGCACCAAUGGUCCAAAGCCUUUCUUCCUCGCAGAGGAAUGGGUGCAGUUUUUUGUCAAAAGAGACCCGAAAUUCAACGUUGGUGCACUCACAGCCACGGACUUCGAAAAGAUAUUCGCCGAAUCAUACAGCAAGUUUGAUAAUCUCAUUGGCUCUGCCAACCCCGAUCUGUCUGUCUUUAAAGCCUCCGGAGGCAAGCUCUUAGUCUGGCAUGGUCUUGCUGACCAGCUCAUCUAUCCCCAAGAUAGUAUCAAAUAUUUGAAAGAGGUGGAGCACAAGCUCGGGGGCAGAGAUCACACAGGCCAGUUUUUUCGUCUCUUUCUUGCACCAGGUGUGGACCACUGUGCAUAUGGUGCUGCUGGUGCUGCUCCGAUAGAUCCCCUUGCAGCUGUGGUUUCGUGGGUUGAGGAUGGAAUUGCACCAGACAUGCUUAAGGGCGAGACGCCUGCUAAUGCGCCUACACAUUUUACUCGUAAGAUCUGCAGAUACCCUCUGCAGCCAAAAUACCGCGGAUGCGGCAGCACUGCUAUCGCUGAGAGCUACAGUUGUCUCUAG